AUGCGGAUGCUCUCCAUAUUUCCAUAUGAGCUUCUAUCCAUCAUCAAUUCGUAUGCAGCGGAUUGGGUUGGCUUUGAAAAUCUUUUGGAAGUCUCUCCACAGUUAAAGGAUCUUUUCAAUAUUGACCCAAACACGAAGGCGGAUCUUGAAGCCGUACGCCUGGUUGAAACGAUCCUUCAGCACAACCCUGUUAUGCGCUACGAAUUGCAUUCCAUAUUUCGGAUGGCUCUAAAACUCCGCCUGUAUUCCACGCCAAAGGUCGGUCUGGCUGAUUUCAUGGCUCAGGAUCAUUCUUUGUCGUUGAUGAGCUCCCCUCCUUCGAUCUCCCGAGCCGUGCUCAAGGAGAUGGUAAGCAUUGCGGCCAACAUUCAACGACUUGCGUGCGCCUGUUUGACUACUCUCUUGGAGCGUGUUCGAAAAGUUCAGCCAUGGUGUGGGAAGAAGGUUGUUAGGGAUGGCACAGAGCCAUAUCAGCCGCGUGAGGCUGGCCCACCGUCAUGGAUCGAGGAGUAUCGCGUCUAUCGUGCGCUCUGGCACCUACAGUUGUAUUCUGAUCUUUCAGCUUCCUGGUUCGAACGCAUGGGCUGGGAUCAAGUGCCUGUGGUGUUGGGGGAAGAAGUCCGCACCCUAUCAGAAUGUUUGGAAGGUCUAUGCAGAGUCAAUCCAAUUCUUCGCCAUACGAAGGCCGGGAGUCUCAAGUAUGAUAGCCAGGAGAAGUAUCUGUUCGAGGGAUGUCUCGUCUCUCGCCUCCCACACUCAUCUCAACUGCGUCGCGAGUUUCAUGUCUGGGCCCCUUCACCUCCGCCUGAGAUCGCCAUCGUUGAGGAUGGCUUUCCCAUGGAUGAUUGGGGUCAGGGGGUGAAAUCAAUCCAUUGGAGUCGUAUCUCCGCUAUUUUUCGAGCCUGUCAAGUUCGGACAAGCACCCAUCCCGCUAGGUAUCAAGUCUGCCGGAUUCAAGAUUCCCGUCCAUGGAGAGGACUAGGUAUGCCCAUCUGGGACGCCUGGAGAUGUUACUGCCUAGGCCUAUGCUCGUCUGAUUAUUGCCGCGGACGCCAUCCUGGUCCAAUUCCGACUCCUGACGGAUCAUACGUGCCAAAAGGUUGCAUUCCCAUUGCCCGGGGAUCGGAAAUCGAUUACAGGAUUUCGUUUUCAUCCAUGCCAUAAUGCAGAUGGAAGAUGAAGAAUGCAAUUAGACAGUGCCAGUGGAAGGGACGUUAAUUAGGAACUUAUUGUUACAUCUUCACUCAUCGU